CCCAAGAGGUUGCUGCCGCGCGGAAUAAAGCCCAAAGUCUAGUGGAUUUUUAUGCCCGCAGAGAAGAAUUGAUGAACUUCACCUGAGUUCCCAAUAUGGAUUUAUGUUCAGCGUUUGCGCUACUUUGAAGAGAUUUUACUUUUUUAAGAUGYAUUUUGUCGUGUCGAGACCGAAGAACGGGGAGCUCAAGUGGACCACGGUGAUCUACAGAGGAAUUACUAUUUUUGACCAACAGUAGCUUGUUUCUGCUCCGUUACGUUAGCCGUUGUUACGUAUCCACAACGKUGGGACAUAACACAGCUCCAAACCGAAGUCAGGCGUCUUCAACGGGAGUUUCUUCGAUCCUCCGCGCCCUCGGCUUUCCAGUCCUAAAGUUACCCGACAUAAGGUGGCAGCCACGCCGGGGAAAAGCCUCCGAGCGACGGCCGCUGYUCUCCGGCUAGCGCAAAAGCGGCUUCUCCUUUUUGGAUCGUGGCCUUGUCUAUGAGGCGACAAUGCUCGACAUAAUGUCUGAUCACCAAGAUUCGAUUUUGACGUGUAAAACAGAACCUCUGCCCCCAGAGAGGAGAAAGAGGACUGUUGAGGACUUCAAUAAGUUCUGCAGCUUCGUUCUGGCUUAUGCUGGUUACAUCCCCAACCCUAAAGAGGAAAGUUCCUGGUCUCCCACUUCGUCCAGCUCUGCACACAGCUCAGGUCUGUCUGUAGAUGGAGGCGGCGGAGGCAGCAGCUCCAUGGCUAACACCUGGGCAGACGGCGGSUCCGACAUUCACACCAUCCACACGUUCGUUCGCAAGGCUCGRGCCAACAAGGGCAAGAGCGUUCACCGCGCGCACUCCGACAGCACCCUGCUGGACAAGAUGCGCCUCAAAGACUCGCUCUACGCGAGCCAGGCCGGCGUSAAAGCCGAGCGCAAGAAGGACAAAAAGCUGAAAAAGCUGUCGCUGGGCUCCGGCAUGACGGCGCAGGACAGCGGCAGCAGCGAGGGCGAGAAGAGGGCCCGCAUCAAGCGGAGCAAAAACUCCUCCAAACAGCCGAAAGCCAAGAAGCCGAAGAGCUCGGCCCCGCAAAGCGAGACRGACUCCGAGGCGAGGAAGCCCGAGGCGCAGGCUGCCAAGGAUGAGCUGUCGGCGCACGGGAGCUCCAGCUCGAGCACGCAGUGGAAGCCGCAGCCGGACGAGUCGAUUCGGGAUGCAGAGAUGAGUUCCAGCGAGGGCGAGACGUGGAUUGCAGAUGAAGACAUCAUGGUGGAGUCAGGGGACGACUCGUGGGACCUGAUCACCUGUUACUGCGGGAAGCCGUUCGCCGGACGACCGAUGAUCGAGUGCAACCAGUGCGGCAUCUGGGUGCACCUGUCCUGCGCCAAGAUCAAAAAGUCCAACGUGCCCGACAUCUUUUACUGUCAAAAGUGCAGAGACUCGCGGCGGUCCGGACACAAAAAAGACACUUAAAAAGUGCAGAGGACAGAAAGGACGAGGAGUCCCCGCCCACCACCCUUUUCCUGUAUUUUUAUUAUUUUUUCUUUCCUCUCUGAUGCCUACAGCCAAAACAGCCUAAAUUCUCACCUGGAUGGAAACGUGUCUGUGCAGAAUUAAUUGAGACAAUCACAUAUUUUUUAUUUUAUUUUAUUUUUAAUUAUCCCUCACAUUUUUAGUUUUGACUUCCCUUUUUUUUUUUUUUUUGGCUGCGGUGAAGAACUGGACGUCAGAUGACAGCGACGGCUGAGAAUCCUUUUAUUUUUUACUAAUCACUUCCUACAAUAACUGGCUUUAUUGUUGCGUUGGCCGUUCGUGACGUGUGCAUAUAUAAAUAUAUAUGCAUUUAUAUAAAUAUAUAAAUAUAUAUAAAUAUAUUUUAAAACUUAUCCUCGUAUUUAUUGAGGGUGCAUUUUGACCGGUAAAUUCGUAGCAUUUUCGUUUUCGAAGGCAUUUCAUCUCAACUUCAUAAACUAAAGCGAUACACUGACAAAGGUUUAAUUUAGUUUGAUGUAAGAGAUGAAACGUUUCGCUCCUGCUUUGGGUUUAGAAGAUGUCAAAAGGCUUUGAUGGGCAGCUCUUUAUUUAAUUCUGUGUUUUGAAGGUUUUCUGUCAGUUUGCUUCACAGCAUUUGGUUGUCAGUGGUGAUCACUGAAUGUAAAAAUGUGUAACGUGGGAUUUUGUAGAAAGGUUUUAAAGAAGCAGUAUCUUACCUGUUGUAGAUGACCUCUGUUUGGGGAAAGCUGUUUUAAUUUCGACUGGAUUAAAAAGCUAUCUACUACGACUGAAGUGGAUUAUAACUACCGACCAUGUAAGGAGUCAAAUGACUGUAAACUGGAUUAGCUGUUAGCCUGUUAGCUUCUCAACCUGAUCUGAGUUUUUACAGCAAGCUCUCUGCAACAGUUAAGAUACUGUUUAUAACAUUUCCAUAAAACCCCAGUUCAAACUGUACCUUUUUUUUUUUUAAAUUAAAUUAAUGGAAUAAGAUGAUGCGUUCUGACAGCGAAGGUUCAAAUAAAUACGUUCUUCAUUGUUGCAUUUAAAAAUGUAAACUGAAAUUUAUUGGCGGGGUUCGGAAACUAUCUGAAACAUCUGCUCCGGGCUUCAUGACCGAGUGGUUUACGUUCAUGAUUAAUCGUUUAUUACCUCGUUAUGGAUGCUUUUUGUUUUGKUUUGUUUGUUUGUUUAUAGUUUUCUGAGUCAGGAGGGUAAACGUCACCAUGAGAUGUCCGGUUCUAGUGCUUCACGUCGUCGGAAGUGUUUGAGCGGCUGGUAAAAGUUUAUGUAUUAUUUCUUUGUUUUUCUUUCAGAAGCCAGAUUAGAGAUGUGCCUGCAUCAGAUUUUUUUUUUCUCACCUGGAGAAUAAAAGCUGUAGUGUACAAAAAUAUUACUUUGACCGCUGCUUAGGUUUCAGAUUUUUUUUUUAUUACACUAUUUUUUAUUUUUUUCUGUUCUUGUUGAUGGGAGAGUCCUGGCAGUUGCGCUCUGUACGACUUCAAUUCUGUGUACAUAUCCUGUUCUCUGACAGCUGUACAUAUGUGGAAAGUGAAGAAAGAGAAUACCCAAGCAAAUUCUAUAUUUUCUGCAGUCUGUUAUUGUUUUCUUUAAUUGUAGCUUGAAAAAUAAAAUGCUUUGGGAUCAUA